CUCCGAACCUGGGGGAUUGUUCGGGGAGAAGACGAAGGGCAGAAAACGUUCGGGGCGGGGGCUGUGGGAAAUAAAACUGGGACAAGAGCGCCCGUGUGACCUGUGAUCCAGGUUGAUUUCGCCUGAGGGGAUACUUUGGCCCCGUUGCCGGAGUUCGGAGCGAGCACCUGUGACGAUCGGACUGUCAGACGUCGGGACACCUGGGGGGGUCGCCGAGUGACGGGGCUGUCCGAGGGGGUGAAUUGAGCCGGCAACACCAUCGCUGAGUACUGAAGCGAACUUCUGACCCUCUGGAGCUCUGAAGGGCAGAGCCUGGCCUCACGAUGUCCGCGGACCGCUAUUCAUCUUUGGACGAACCAGCCCUCAGGAAAUUGCUUGAAGUGACAGAUGACUUUGAUGAACGCAGACUUAUUCGUUCCACAAUUUAUGAACUAAGGAGGAAAGAAUUGAAAAGAACAGAGGAAGCAUUAUCCUCCAAACGUUUUCGUUCUGAAAGAACAAAUAAAUGCCUUGAAAACAAGGAGAAUCAUUUACGAUCUCACAGACAAGAAGAAGAUCAGAAAGGGUCCUUGGAUAAGCUUUCAGGAAAACUAGAGUCCAUUGAUGACAUUGAUGAGCUAACAACACUGCUCCGAAGUGCAGCUGAAUAUGAGGAACGUAAAUUAAUUAGAGCUGCUAUGCGUAAGCUCCGUGAACGGGAGAUUGAAGCUGCAUAUAUCCGGGACAGGCCAAUUGGCAGACCAGUCCAUAAUGGAGCACAGGAGAUUGAAAAAACAUCGUCUACGUACCAGCGUGAUGUCCUACCACAAACAAUGCGUUCAAGCAAGGACCAAUUGGCAAAAUGCGAGGACAAUUUUCUUCGACCAGUGGUAGCGGAGACGGAGGACCUGGAGCCCAGACCAAAGAUACGAGCACAGAUCCAAGAUCUUCGGAAUCAGAGCAGUGGUCAAAGUGAGCUUGAUGAAAUGGCCUCGGGUAUGGUUGUUGUCCUUGAUCCACUGAAAAAUAUUGACGAUAGUUCAAUGAAAUCACUUCAAACAUCUGGACUGAGAACAGAAUCCUCUGGUUUGGCUCCUUUCAUCUGUAGCACGGAUUUUGACUGGAGCUCUGAGAGCAGCAAGGAUUCCCAUAGAGGACCGACAGCUGAAAAUACUGGGAGCACAUCCGAAACCCACUGGACAAUUAAAACGCAGCAUAAUGAAGCAUUACAGAAAACAUUUGACAACUCAUCAAGCAUAGCAGAAGAUGAUGAUGCAAAGAAUAAAGAUGCUGAUCUUAGAAAAAAUGGUUGUUCCUCUGCUGUCAACGAUAAGAACACCUUUGCACCAAAGAUGGAGUCAGCAGUUCCCCAGGCAGAGAUAAGCUCCCAGAAUGGUGUCCAGAAAAGGCUGCAUUCUGACAUAAAUGACAAUAUCCCUUCAACUACAAGAGUAGCCAAUGAAAAGAAACAAGGGGAGACCUGCUUCACAAAUGAUAAAAUGAUCGCAUACAAUGCUCAGAUGGCAAGGAACGCAGCAACUCAGUCCAAGCAGAAAGAGUUAACUGAGGUUGCAUCUGAUACUUGCUUGACCAGCUCACCUUUCAGGAGAGCUAACUCCGUACGAGACAGAAUGAAAAAGUUUACCGCAGAUCCGUCCAACCAGUCUUCUGAGCUAGGUACAAAUUUUUCCACUCAGAAGAGAAACCAGCCAAGUGAGAACAGAAACAGCAGAAUUUUGCUGCAUCAGCAGUCAUUCCAGGGCAGCCCCACACCGAAAAUUAAAGAAUCUGUAACUCCAGGCCGAGAAAUGACUUUCAAAGGGAGCUCUGUUGAUUUUAGGAAUAUGCAGCAAGUGGACAAGUCAACAGAAAAAACAGAUAAACAGGAUGAGUACUUAAUGUCCAGUAAAAAUAAAAAACUCAUAGGCUCAAAUAAAAAAAAUGGAUUAGAGCGGGAUAGGUCAACCUCAUUAAGGGAGCGGCAGUUCAGUUCUGACCAAGUGGAUGGAAAGGAUUCAUCAAAAUCUGGUAAUAGGCUGAUUUGCAGCACUGCCAAAUACAACUUCACAACUCCUGAGGUACAAUCUCAGGGCUGCUCUAGGACAACAUCUUCCUUGUUAAGCCAUCCAAUCACAUCUGGAGUUACUGUGGAUGGAUCAAGUAAAUCAACAUUACCCACAUUAUCUUUAGAGAAAGAUUGCAAUAAGAAAUCUCUAAUGCAAAAAACUGCUACUGAUAAAUCAUGCAUCCAGACUGCAGGGAGGAGCAACAUAAGCAAAUCACAAACAAAGCAGCUUGCGUCAGAGAAGGACUUCAGUAAAACCCAUACAGACAGCUCAGUGUACUUACAGCACCCACGAUCUACUCAGCCCUCAGAUCCUCCCGCCGCAUCAAACAGACACUUCCAACAAAGCUUAACCAGCCAAUCUGAGAAAGAAAAGCAACCGAAUAACACCGAAAACAGCAUGAAGACACUUAUGACAAUUGAAAUUAAGGAUGGACGGAACCCCAAUCUUGUUACUACGCGGAUCUCUGGCACACCUUCCUCACAGAGGGGAGAGCUGACAUUUGGUUUGAGAGCUACACCUUUCAGAAUGUUGGGUCCGAGUGGCAUCAUGAUGGAGACAGAGCCAGUCAAAGCCCAGUCACUACAGUUUGAAGCUUCUCUUCCCAACGGGGUAGAGGAGAAAGAGAAGGAGAAUGCCGAUGAGAAAAGUAGCAUAGCCAUCCAAGAAGAUCUGAGUGCUAUUGAAGAUGAAGAGGUCCUAGACAAAAUGCUCGAUGCAACAACAGACUUUGAGAAAAGGAAAUUGAUUCGAGCUGCAAUGCGGGAGCUUCGGAAAAAGAAAAGAGAUGAACGAGAAAAGGAGCGUGAAAUGAGACUACAAGAAUUGAAACAGAAAUCAGAAGAUGCAAAGAAAACAAAGUCUUCAAAUACCGCUGAAAUGACUGUAUCCAAAACAGAAAAAUCUGCAGAUGGCAAGACUGUUACCUCAAUGUCAAAGACUGAAAGAAUCACCCAGUCAGGUGGCGGCAACAGAACUUUGCAAACAACAACUGUGGAAUCCAGUGUCGUGAAGAAAACUGAUGGAGGAACAUCUGUCAUCCAGACCAAGACCUCCUUCAGUUCCAGCAGCAGUACAUCCAAAAAGGUUGGCAGUAUUUUUGACAGAGAAGACAAUACGAGGUCUAGCAGUGUAUUAGCACUUGAAAGGAAACAGGCUGAGAAGAGGAAAGAGGUGUUGAGGUCACAGACGUUGCCACGGACUUCAGGAUCACAGGCACGGAAGGCAUUGAUUGAGAAACUAGAGAAAGAAGGUGGAAGUCCUGGAAAUUUAGCCGUUGCCAAAGUGAAAGUGCAGAGAUCUGCAAGCUGUGGUGUACCAAAUGCUAAUAGUAUUAAGCAGAUGCUGCUCGACUGGUGCAGAGCUAAGACACGUGGUUAUGAGCAUGUCGCUAUCCAGAACUUCUCCUCCAGCUGGAGUGAUGGGAUGGCUUUUUGUGCUUUGGUUCAUAACUUCUUUCCUGAUGCCUUUGAUUAUUCAGAACUGAAUCCCAGCAACCCCAGGCACAACUUCGAGGUAGCAUUCACAAUGGCAGAACGGGUAGCUUCCUGUGAUCCCCUCAUUGACGUAGAAGAUAUGAUGAUAAUGCACAAAAGACCCGAUCCUAAGUGUGUCUUCACCUAUGUUCAGUCCCUGUAUAACCAUCUACGAAGGUACGAGUAGCAGGACCUGGCAGAUAGAAGGCAGAGUGCCUUGUAUUUCUGUUUAUAAAAUAUAUCCACAGCUUGCCUGUGUUUUCAGACAAUUGUCAAAGACAUGUACAGACAUGAGUCACUAUGUACUGCAUUUGCAUGCUUGGAUUUUCUUUCUUUUAAUGCAAACGGACAAGGGUGAAGAUCCUAAGGUGAUGUAUUAUUCAUGUUAUGUGUUCUAAAGAAUUCUAGCACAUGACUAUUUUUAUUUCCAAAUCAGAAAAAAAAAUCUUAUGUAUGUACUGAGAAAGAAUCUUUAUGUUGUAUAACCAUCCACCUACAUAUUUGCAGAGUAUUAAAGCACGAAAGGCUGCACAACAGUUUUUAGCAUUAGAGAAAGGAAAAUUGGUAUAAUAUGAUUUGUAAUUAUGCAGCACAUCCUUUUUUCUCACCUCUUAUUCCGCUAGCAUCACUCAUCACCCAACAGACAUAUCUAGAAACAGUAAAAGGUAAUUUCAAAUCCAGUGGCUUAUCACUUCAUUCCGAUACAUCUCUUUUGCUGUGCAGUGUACAGUUAUUCUGUCAUGUUCACUUCUGCAAGGUAGCUUCUGUGUUGUACAAUUAAAAUUAUAUUUCAUUGUUUGCAUCUGCAGGAAAAACAAUGCACUUUAGUAAGAUAAAGGGAAGUGGGCAUGUUAUUUGGUUAUAAUACUAAAAAAAAAUCAGUAUUCCUGACACCAAUAAAAUUAAUAGCUAACUUAAUUGCUGUUUGGGAGAGAAGUUUGUCUUUGGUAAUCAGCACUUAGCACUUGCAAGAGCAUUAGUAUCACUUGGAUCGUACCUGUUAGACUAGUUCCAUUGACUUUGUUGAAUCUGUAUGUGCAGAGAUAAGGCCAACCACCAGGUGAUACUUGCACAUGUAGCAAGUCUAACAGUUAAUUCUCCCCAUUUCAUUAAUACAGCUUACUGCACGCUUGAGUAUCUGAUAGAAAAAUAUAACAACUAAAGACCAGCGCAGAACUGAGAAUGUCAAUAUGUUGUUGCAAAGCCUACACACAGAUAGGCUCUAUAGCUUAUAGAGCAUUACAGCAUGGUUACAGGCACUUUGGCCCAAUGAAUCCGUGCCAGUUGUGUUGCCCUGAUUUUCAGCCAACGUCCCUCCAGGCCCCUCCCUUCCAUGUAUCUCUUCAAGUGCAUCUUAAAUGAUCCUAUUGUACAUGCUUCAACCACUUCCUCUGGCAGCUCAUCCAGACACUCACCGUCCUCUGUGUGAAUAAACUGUCCUUUUUAAACUUUUCCCCUCUCACACUAAAUUCAUGCCCCAUAGUUUUGGACUCCUCUGCCCUGAGGAAAAGACUGUUACACCUUAUAUAUUAAUGGCUCCGUCUGUCAAGUAGACAGUGCAUGUGCCCACUUGGGGCGCAGACCUGGGUGAUGAAUAUGGUGAUCCUGGGCUGCCCAGACAUCAAGAUCCCCCUCUCGGCCUCGCGGAUGUGGUCCAAAUGAACGCGAAGCAGUACAUUUGGCAUCAGCUUGGCUGCAGGAGCUGCCGGGAGGUGAUGUGAUAUGUCAUCCAACCACCUUAGGAGCUCCACUCCGGAUUUGUGUAGGGUUUACUCCUUAGCCUUCUCUUCUCUCGAAUAGGGGCCCAUACCGGGUACUGUCUGCCGGAGCCAGCUGAGCCUGUAGUAGUGACAUAUGGAGCCACUACCCACUACCAUACACCUUAUAUAUGCCUCUCAUGAUUUUAAACACUUGUCUAAAUUCACUCCUCAUUCUCCUUCAUUCCAAGGAAUAAUGAGCUAACCUGGCCAACCUUGCUCUUUAACUAGGUUUUCUAGUCUUGGAGGUGGGAGAAUGAGAAAUUUGCUGUGGAUAGGCAAAUAGACUGAUGGUGCAUAUUACGGAGACUCCAUUCUUUGGGUAGAUUUUGCAUUGCACACUAUUGCAAUACUUCUGGUAAAUUUAAAUAUUGCUCAUUUCCCGAGGCAUGUCAAUAGCCAGGUCAGCCACUCAGGAGCAAGAUCUUGAGAAAUUUCUUUGCCGAGAGAAUAGAGCAUCUUUGGAAUUCUUUACCCAAAGUUGUGGAGGUUCAGUCACCCAGUAUAGCCAAGGUUAUGAUGUAUAGAAUUUUGGAAGUUAUGAGAGUUGUGUAAGAAAAUGGCACUUGGGUAAAAAAAAAGGAAUAGCUACGGCAGAGAAAGUGUAAGCUUUCUAAGGGCCUUCUUAUACUUACUAACUUUAUAUUUUGCUCAUGGUUGUUAGCUCUUGCUUAGAACUUCUAGGAAAGCAAAUGACAAAUUAUUUUCAAAGUUGUACUUUAAAAUAUUCCACUGUCAAGCCAGGUAAAUAAUUAAUAGUGAUACUAUUCUAAAACAGUAUGGUGUCUUUUCACAUCUCCAAACGAAGAAAGAUGAUUGCACAUAAUUAAAUAAAAAUCUUUUUUUAAAUAUAUAAAUUGUGGAAAUAAUGCAAAUAUGAUAAAUCAGAAAUAAUAAUCAUAGACAUUGAGCAAUCAACACCUGUAAGAAUUGUGCCAAAAUGUACACCCAAAAUACUAACCAGACUCUCACUUGCAACAUGCUGUCCUACUCAUUCCCUAUGACUAGGACUACCCAUGCACUACCCACCAUUAAUUCCUGGAGUGAGAGGGGCUGAAAGAUUUAUGACUGGCUUAACUAUAAUUUUCAAUUCUAGAACUGUGCAAAUGUGAAAUUCUGAUCAGCAAGUUAUGUAAUAAAGCGAUCACUUACCAUGUUGUGCAGCUUUGGUGAUAUCUUUAAACCAUGAACAUUUUUAAAAGUUUGCUGGUGGUGCAAAACAGGAGUAAGCUGAGAUAUUUAUAGUCCAUUGGUAAUGGUACAUGCAGUGUACAGUAUAGGCAGAAAGAUCACACCAAUUCACAAACAUGAGAUUCUGCAGAUGCUGGAAAUCUAGAGCAACAGACACAAAAUGCUGGAGGAACUUAGCAAGUCAGGAAGGGAAUAAGUAGUUAACGUUUUGGGUCGAGACCUUUCAUUAGGACUAAUCCAUAGAUCAGGACCUCUCCAUAAAAGCUGCCUGACUUGCUGAGUUCCUCUAGCAUUUUUUGUGUGUGUGUGUGUGUGUGUGUGUGUGUGUUACAUCACUUCACAAA